GGAGGAGAUCCAAUUCUUUAUCAACAAUUUAUUUUGAUUCUUUGGCCAUUCAGAAGUUUAUAUUCUAAUUCUACCAGGUUUUGGAUUGAUUUCGCAAAUUAUUAUAAAUGAAAGGGGGAAAAAAGAAAUUUUUGGAAAUUUAAGAAUAAUUUAUACAAUGCUAGGAAUUGAGCACAUCAUCUAUUUGCUUUAAAAUUUAAUAUUUCUUUCAUACGAUCAAUUGGAUUCAUUUUGAUGUUUAUAAUUGGAGGAUUAACAGGAAUUAUACUUUCUAAUUCAUCGAUUGAUAUUAUCUUACAUGAUACAUACUACGUUGUUGGACAUUUUCACUGUGUCCUUUCUAUAGGAGCAGUAUUUUCAAUUAUUGCAAGAUUUAUUCAC